AUGGACCCCAACCUCCUCAGACACAUCGAGUACUUUCUCGAGCCAAACGGCCAAACAGACGACCUCGAAAGCCAACAACAGCGCCGCUUCAACCAGCCCGCCGCCAACAACUCGGCGCAAAACUUCUGGGACAUUGCUGGCCUGCCCUCCGACUCGGGCCUCGGCUCGCCGUCGAGUGCUCCCGGCACCCUGAACUUCGAUGCCUUCGGGCAGUCGUCCAACACCACCAACGCGCCCAACAGAACACAGCAACAACGGCAGCAGAGCUUUGGUCAGGGCUCCAGGGUCAUAUUACCACCUCGAGCACCAAAACCAAAAGCCGGACACGAACGGAAAAGGACUAAAUUAAGCACCGAGUCGACCCCUUUUGACAAUGUUGACUACUGGAUACAGUUCGAUAAUGAGGAAGGGACCGGGGACGCUGGAGGCUCGGACCUGAGCCACCAGAAGGGCAAGGAGGCGCAACAGCAGCGACCCAAGAUACAACACGCUCAGACCGAGCCAUCAUCCAUACCAACCCUCCGAACCGGCGAACAACAGUCGCGGCAUCGUCAACAAGCGAGCUUAGGUUCUGGACAGGCAGGGCCGAGCAAUCCUCGGCGGCGACAGCUGAGGCCAGAAGACAUGUUCGACGAUAGCGCUCUUGAUUAUGCAUUAUCCGAGGAGGGCGAUAUGACUACUGAAGACUUUUCGACGAUGAAUUUGGCCGACCAAAUGUCAAAUAUUGACACGAUGCCGCCGUCCGAAGUACCGCCCCGCGAAGGUCUUUAUUCGACGCCGCUGAGCUGGGAGAAGCCUCAGCCAGGAUUGCGAUUGGACUCCCUAAUAAGCACGCAAAAUCCACAGCAGCUUAAUGAGGACGAGCAACGGCGACUAAUAGCCAUAGCCAUGAACACAGGGCCGGUGAUGGGCGGGCUAGGAUCAGGGCAAUUUGGAAUGGGAGGAGGAAAUAGGGGCUACGUAUCGGGCAGCGGGCUACACGCGACGCUGGGCUCGGGACUAAGCCUCGGCGGGAUGGGCGGGCUGGGAGGGCUAGGCAAUGGCAUGGGCAGCCUAGGGUUCGGGCAGAUCACCGACGACGCGCCGCUGCUGAGGCCCGAGACGCCCGCCGUCGCGAAACCGCCGAAGCAGCAGCAAUUCUCGCGCGAGACCACGGAGAAGAGCGGCGGCGGCGACGAAAAAGGUAAAGGGAAGGAGAAGGAAUUCGCCGCGGAUCCUAAGGGCAAGGGCAAGGCCGGCGACCGGACCGCGCACAACGACAUCGAGCGCAAGUACCGGACGAACCUCAAAGACAGGAUCUCGGAGCUGCGCGACGCGGUGCCUGCGCUGCGGACAAUACAGGAGGGCGUUGUCGACGAGGGCGACGAAUCCAACGGGCCUGCGCGGCCGAAAGUGAGCAAGGGCACGGUCCUCACCAAGGCGACCGAGUACAUCAGCUACCUGGAGAAGAAGAACAGGGCCAUCAUGGCGCAGCACCAGCAGCUGUCGCGCCGGCUCGCCGCCUUCGAGCAGCUCCUCAGCCAGACGGCCCGCCCGUCGUUCCAGAUGCCCAACUACAGCAGGACGCUCUUCGACCCGCGGGCGUUCUGCUAG